GUGCAGUGGCUUAUCCUCAGCCAAACAAUUUUUUUUCAUAAGGAAAAAAACCUUUUGCAAGUAGUAGCUCCUCCUCUUUCAGUUACCAAUCGACAUGAAGUACCUCGCUGCUUAUCUUUUGCUCCGCGCUGGUGGCAAUGCUGCCCCCGCUGCCGAUGAUGUCAAGUCCCUUUUGGAAUCCGUCGGUGCCGAAGCCGAUUCUGACCGUCUUUCCUCUUUGAUCUCUGCCCUUGAGGGUAAGGAUGUCGAUGAGAUCAUUGCUGAGGGUAAGGCCAAGCUUUCCUCUGUUCCCUCCGGUGGUGCCGCCUCUGCUGGUGCUGCUGGUGCCUCUGCUGGUGCCGCUGCUGAGGAAGUUAAGGAAGAGAAGGAGGAAGAGAAGGAGGAGUCCGAUGAGGACAUGGGCUUCGGUCUUUUCGACUAAAUAUGUCGCAAUCCUCUUUUAAUCAAAAGCCACCACUCUGCAAUAAAAGUAGCGCCUUUGUUUGAAGGAUUCAUUAUCAAACAUAAAUAUUAUCAAAUUUU